AUGCUGCUGCUGGCGAGGCGGACGAUGAGUUUGCUGGGCUGGCGCGUGCAGCCGCUGUGGCCGCGCGCGACCAUGGCCAAGAGCCAGAGUGCUGCCGUGGCUGACGCAACGUCCGGAGUAAGUGCUGACUCGACUGAGCCUCGCGGUGGUCGCGGCGCGGUGGUGGGCAAGCCCCUCCCCCCAAGCGUCCCCUGCUGGGCCUCGCCGGGCCCCACCCCGCAGACGUCGCUGGAAAGGGCGACCGAGGCUGCAGCCGAUGCCUCGGAGCUCCGGGUGGCCGUCGUCGCAACAGCCCCCGUCUCUCCUGGCGCUGGCGCUGCUCUGGAGUUUGCGGCCGCCUCUGCAUAG